CCCCCACGCAAACGCAACGACCUCUUUCCCGUUCUCUCUCUCUCUCGCUCUCGCCCUUCCUUAUCUCUGGAAAUCAACGUCCAAUCUUCAGCGAGAUCCCAAAGCCUUGGCGGGUCUCCGACUCAGUCCCAACUCACACGACUCGACCCUCUUUACAAGGCCGCCAUGGACACCGAAGCUUCAUCGUUCGAGACGAGCGAGAUGUUGGGGACUUUCCUGGCUUCGACCCCGCUGCUGAAGGAGGCGUGGAGGCUGUGCCGCGCCGCGAACAAGAUGGGGUGCGGCGGCUUCACGGCAGAGCAAGCCGGCGGCGUGGGGUACGUGGCGUUCUCGGGCGUCCAGGAGCUGCCGGUGCUCGGUUUGGAUCCGAACUGCGGCGUGCUGACGCCGCUGGACGUGGCGGGCCACAGGCUGUUCGCCCCGUUGAAAUGCCGCCACGACGGUGAGGAGCCGGUCAUGGUCCACUCCGGAGUGCUUCGCCUCUUCCUUCAUUACCAUUCGCGCCUUGAUUUUCAAACCCAGAUUGGCAGCUUGUUGGAAAACACCAAGUCAAUAGUGAUCACAGGCCACUCCAUAGGAGGAUCAAUUGCCUUCCUCACAGCUCUUUGGCUCCUCUCCUACCUCAGAUACAUCUUCCCGCCCGUGCCGGUCUUAUGCAUUGGCUUCGGCUCUCCUUUCCUAGGCAACGAGUCGCUUUCCCAAGCCGUCCUCCGCGAAAGAUGGGUUGACAGCUUCUGCAACAUCGUGUCGACGUGCGAUAUAAUGCCGAGGUUAUCUAUCGACCAGUCACUUGUUCCAAACCCCCAUUGGCAGGCCCUCAUAAGAUUCUGGUACACGUCUAUGAUGUCACCGGACUCUAUGAAUUCCCCUAACCUCCAAUUAACUGAAGAAGAAAAAGCCGGGCUACUUUCCUUCGUGGCGGCCGACAUGGAGCGCCUGGCGCAGGCAGGGGAAGGCUUGGGAGGGAGGUCGUUUUGGCCGUUUGGGAAUUACUUGUUUUGUUCAGAUGAGGGCGUGAUCUGUUUGGAUAACGCGGUAUCGAUCAACAAGAUGAUGCAUUUGAUGUUAUGGACAGGUUCUCCAAAUUGUAUCGUUGAGGAGCACCUUAAGUACGGGCAAUAUGUUGAAAGAUUGACUCAUCAGUCUUUGAAGAGAAGCUUCAUGGAGGGAGACCUCUCUGAAUCAAGCUAUGAAGCAAGUGUUUCGAUGGCCUUGAACUCCCUGGGAACAUAUCGACAGGUACUGAUUGCACCGAUGGCAAAAGAUUGCUUAAAGAUGGCGAGGCGAAUGGGACGCGCGCCGAACCUAAACGCCGCCAAUUUAGCCAUUAGGCUAUCCAAAAUCAAUCCUUACAGGGCGGAGAUAGAGUGGUACAAAGCUUGUUGCGACAAGUCCGACGAGCAAAGAGGAUACUACGAUUCUUUCAGGCACAGGGGGGCCUCGAAGAGAGAGUCCAAGAUAAACAUGAACCGGUACAAGCUCGCAGCCUUUUGGGACGAUGUCGUACACAUGAUCGACAGGAAAGAGCUGCCGCACGAUCUGCACAGGAGGUCAAAAUGGGUGAACGGGGCGCAGUCCUACAUGCUUCUUGUGGAGCCGUUGGACAUCGCUGAAUAUUAUCGGUCGGGGAUGCAUCUUAAGAAAGGCCACUACAUCGGCAACGGAAGGGAGAGGAGGUACGAAGUUUUUGAUCUGUGGUGGGCUGAGAGAGUUGUUAGCGAGAAACCGGAGAAAAGGAGGACCAGGUAUGCAAGCUUGACCCAAGACACUCGCUUCUGGGCAAGGGUGGAGGAAGCAAAGGAGUGGCUGGACAACAUUAGGAGUGAGAGUGACCCAAGGAACUUGGCUUCUCUUUGGGAUAAACUCAUUGAGUUUGAAAUUUAUGCAAUGAAGCUGGUUGAUGGAAAAGAGGCGUCUGCUGAUGUUGUGGCUAAGAAUUCGAGCUAUAGUCUGUGGUUAGAAGAAUGGAGAGCAUUGAGAUCGCAGAUCUUUCCCCUUAUCGCGUCGCAGUCGAUGUCGCUUGUUUAGGAUGAUGACUCGUGCCACUGACUUUUUAUUAGUUUAACAUUAACCCGACGUGAGUCGAGAUCUAAGGCAUCUGAGAUUGGGACACAUGAAAUCAACUGGGAUCGAGAGAUGUACAGUAGGUGUGGCAUUGAGCUCCCUCUGGGCAGAUAAGCAGCCUCCAUGGCCAUGGAGGAGCCACCGCCUCGAGAUCUAGAGGAUCGACACCUCCCUGGCUACAGGACUUGGUGGCAAGGCUGAGAUCUCGGUGGUCAUGGAGGAGCUGCCAAGAUCGAUGGCGACGAAGCACAAAGUGCACCCGCACCAGGGAUGAUAUUCUGCAUUUACAUCACCUCUGAAACUUUCUCACCGGUCGACCAAAGAUGCAUGAGGGGCUGCUGAGCGAUGUGAAGACAGGCAAUGUAGUUCUGUGCUGGGAACAAAUUCCAUCUUUUGUGCUUUGUUGGAAUGUUA